CAGUCAGUCAGUAGCAGAGACAGACAGAGCCCAUGAAGUUGGCAAGAACCCAAAAUGCGCACAACCAAAAGGGCCCCAAUCCCCCCCGACACCAACAGCUAUAUCCAUACACCAGCGCCUCCCCUUCUCACAGCAGGCCCAUCGCCCUCGACACCCACCAGGCAUCGACCACCCUCUCACCCAGCGACACACCACCCAGAGCGACCUUCUGCGACAUUGGCCGGUUUCAGGAAAAGAAUUACCGCACAGUCAAGGGCUAGCAGUAUCAGCGUUACACAGCGCACACGGUCAGCGACACGAGCGAGCACUCAACAGGGCUCACAGGGCUUCCCUAUCCCUAGCUCCGCGCACAUCAUACAGACCAUGACACCCACUCCGGAGUCGCGCCUCGGCCACCUCCUCGACGGCCACCUGGAACUCGUCGGCAUCCUCGGCGUAGGCGCAUACGGCGUCGUCUACACCGCCCUCGACAUCCACACCAACACACCAUUUGCCGUCAAGGCACUCAGCAAACUCGAUCUCGACCCGCGGCAACGCAAGUUCCAAGCGAGAGAAAUUGCACUCCAUGCGCGCGCACAAGCACACCCAAACAUCGUUUCACUCAUUGAGAUCCUCGAUGCGCCAGACUGUGUGUACGUCGUGAUGGAAUUUUGUCCCGAAGGCGAUCUCUUCGCUGUCAUUACCGAUCACGGCGGCUAUGUCGGCGAUGACGAGCUUGCCCGUAGCGUAUUCCUGCAAUUGCUCGACGCUGUUGAGUACUGCCACAGCUUGGGCAUCUACCACCGCGAUCUCAAGCCGGAGAACGUCUUGGUCUGUGAUUACGGACAGACAGUCAAGUUGGCUGACUUUGGCCUCGCUACAACCGAAGAGGUCACAGCUGACUUUGGCUGUGGUUCGACAUUCUACAUGUCUCCCGAAUGCCAAUCAACAGCGCCGCGUUCCUUCAACUGCUAUGCGUCUGCUGCCAACGAUAUUUGGUCGCUCGGUGUGAUGCUCGUCAACUUGACCUGUGGCCGCAAUCCAUGGAAGCGUGCCUCUGUCAAUAUGGAUGAGACAUUCCGUGCGUUUGUCAAGGACCCAGACUUUCUUGCUUCCAUCUUACCACUGUCGGAGGAACUAAACUACAUCCUCAAGCGUGUCUUCCAGCUCGACCCAGCUCGUCGCAUCUCUCUUGCUGAACUCCGUCACCUCAUCCUUCACUGCCCGGCCUUUACUGUCCUGCAAGAGGAGGAUAGCCUGAUGGAGCAAGCUGUCGUUGAGACUGCUAUCCCAGCACCCAUUCCAGUCAUUGAACGUCCCUGUACACCAUUGAGAGCAGCCCAUGCAGUAUACCCACAAGCACCGGCAACACCCUGCACACCCACCAGUGGUCGAGCAGCCUAUAGCAAGCCAAACAGCAGAAGACAUGAAGCACCACCCACACCCAUCACACCCAGCAAUGCGCAUCAUCACAAACGCUCAUCACGCCAUACCCGGGGUCCUGCAAGUCCGACAUCGCCUAGUGCGAGGUUGUUCCUACACCCAAAUCAUACACCUGCCCUACACUGUACGCCACAGCAAGGUUUUGAUUCAUGCUCGAGUAUCGCAAGCAGUGAUAGUUUGUCUUCAUUGGCCUUCCACGACCCAGCAGUUCGUCUUGCACCCAUUCGUGGACAUCAUGGGAACCCCAUCAGUGUUUGGGAUGAAGAAGAGGAAGACGCGCUUGUUAUGGCUGAAGAGGAAGAAGAACGUUGUGGCUUGGCUGCACGUCUACCAAGUCAUCGCAAGAGACUACCCAAACCAAUGACGGCAUUGCAAGGUCCACCGCCGCGUAUGCAAUUAAAACCGCCUGCCGUCUUGCUGGGUGCUUCGGCACCAUGUGUGUUUGGACAGUAAACAAGUUCUUGUUCAACAUCUGAUGACCCCCUCUUCUCAACGCAUUCGCAUCUCUAACGACCAUUCUCACAUUCACAUGCAUUCUUGUCUGGCUAUCAGGCUCAACAACAUCAAUGUUCUAUUUGUGGCAGAUAUUACCUUCCUGGUUUCUCUCUCAUAGACUUUCUAGACAGAUAAUCAUACAAGGUCAAUAAGAUGCCAUUCAUUUAC